GUUACCUGGCUAGUGUUGUCGUUACCUAAACCAGCUUCGUACUGCUGUAACAGGAAUGGCAGUAUUUGAAGUCGCAAACGAGAAUGCGGAGGACGAUCAGAUUGUGUCUAGCUUAGGAAGUAUUGAUUUGACUGCCCAAGAUGUUUGGGACCUGUAUAAUGCUCAAACGCGCCAAUUAGUCACAGACGCUUCCCGAUGCAUAAAUUCACUCUCAACCUCUAAAAUUAACCGUGUUUACCUCUCGGAACACGUUGUUGUUCCCAAAACCAAAACUUUUGCUAAAGACGCACAAUGGAUAAAAAAGGAAAACGAAUCAGCCCGGAAUCGCGUUGAGGAGUCCAUUAAAAAGGCUCAGGAUGCCUAUGCGGAAAAGAUUCGUCAGGAACAAGAACGCCUUUUGCGUGAACGGAAGGAGCAAGAGCGAAAAGCAGCGGAGGAACGAGCUCGGUUGGAAGAACAGAGGAAAAAAGCACAACUAGAACAGGAGCAGCAGAAGCAACGCGCAGACGAAGAACGGAAACGACAAGCCGAACUCGAUAAACAAAAACGAGAGAAGGAAGAGCAACAGAAAAAGGAUGCACUCGCUAAAAAACAGUUUCAAGACGAUCCAAAAGAAGACAAAGAAAAGUACUGGUCGAUCAUUCAGGAUUUGAAACAAAACGUUAAGAAGCCAGUAGCGGAAAACAAAGAAUGGAAGAACUACUGCAUUUCCCAGAAGCGGAAAAUUACACCUCGUAUCGGCCAAGUUACGCCUAGUCAAGCACAGAUUGCGCGUAUUACCUCAAAUCUUCAUGAAACAUUUACUGCUGCUAAGUCACAAAACGAAACCGUCUAUCGGUGGGUGUUGAACUUCUUCUGCAAGGGCGUUGUUCGGCAAGCAGAAGCAGAAGUUUCCGUCAACACAGUUAGUGCGUAUCCGCUGGCUUCUGUAUGCCUUAAGCUUUGUGCUAUGCAUCCAUCCUUGUUCGACAUGCUUAUAGCGCGACUUCAAAAGAAAUGUCCGUGGGUAAUCCCCUACGUGUAUGAUACCACAACAGAAGAAGGCAUGAAAAAGGCCGGCUUUAAAAGAAUGUCAGACGGUCGGUGGGAACAACACACUACGUACAAUGAACGGCAAUGCGGAAUUUUCGCCGUGUAUGCCGCCAUGAUUGCCUUAGACACUUCAUUGGCGCCCGCUGGAUGGAAGUUCUUUGCUCGCAUACUCAACAUUACUCCUCCUCCCGUUCAGAUGAUACAAACGAGUCUGGAACGUGGCCAAACAAUAUGUGCCAUUGUUACUACAUUCUUGGACGUUGCUGGCAAGGCAAUGAUUCGGUUAUACAAACGGCAAGCUGAAAAAUUAAUCAUUGCUGCUUGUAGCGAAGGCUAUGUUGGCAAACAAGGAGGACAAAGUCAAUAUGCUCGUCUAAGAAUUGUUGGUGAAGAUUGGACGCAAGGCAAAGGUGGACUGGCUUUUUCGUUCGACCCAUGAAGAAUCUCGACAUCUAUAAACGCUUUCAUGAAUCUUUCGUACAUACGAUUCUAAAUUAGGUAAUUUUUUUUUCUGUUUCUGCUAUUCUGUCUAUUUAAACGGUUUCGGAAUCUUUUAACAUUCUUUUGCUGCUGCCAGCGUCGAACGAGUUCACUGGACGAACUGUGUUUGUACCUCAUUUACGAAUCAUCAACUUUCUCUGCAGUUCCUUUACUAGUUUUACCUUGUCAAGAAACUCCUGCAGCUCUUUUCUCCUCAGCUCUGUAACAACACAUGGAUUUGUCUUUUCUGCUUUUUAAGCUUGUUGACGUGUUUUAUUUUUCAUUUAACAGUAAGUACGCGUGGCUGUUGUUAUUAGUGGUGUAGGGUAUCUAAGGUAUUUUCCCACCACCACGCAAAUUUAUCUGCAGCCCUCUCCCAC